AUGGAGAAAAGAGUUGCAAUUGUUGGGGCAGGUCUAAGUGGCCUACUUGCCUGCAAAUAUAUUUUAGAGAUUGGUUUACAUCCAAUUGUCUUUGAAGCUGAUGAUGGUAUUGGAGGUCAAUGGAGACAUACUAUUGAAUCAACCAAAAUUCAAAAUCCAAGAAAAGACUUUCAGUUUUCAGAUUUUCCUUGGGAUUCUUCUGUAAAAGAAAAUAAUCCAAGUACUGAAAAAGUUCAAGUUUACAUCAAUUCAUAUGCUCAACAUUUUUCUCUCAUUCCUUAUGUAAGAUUCAAUUCCAAAGUCAUUGAUAUAGAUUAUGUUGGAGAAUCUAAUGAAGAAAUGAUGUCAUGGGGUUUAUGGAGUGGUAAUGGCAGCCCUUUUGGCUCUAAAGGAAUAUGGCAUAUUACUAUUGAAGAUACUAAAAUUUUUAGAACAGAGGUGCAUAAGGCUGAGUUUGUUAUUCUCUGCAUUGGGAAAUUUAGUGGUUUGUCAAACAUUCCUGAGUUUCCUUUUGGUAAAGGGCCAGAAGUUUUUAAAGGUAAAGUUAUGCAUUCUAUGGAUUACGCCGCUUUGGACAAUAAGACUGCUGCUGAAUUGAUCAAAAACAAGAGAGUUACUGUAAUUGGCUCAAGAAAAUCUGCUCAUGAUUUAGCUACUGAAUGUGCCGUAAAAAAUGGUGUCACACAUCCUUGCACAAUGAUCUUGAGAAAUGUACAUUGGUUUAUUCCAAAUUUCAAGAUUUGGGGUUUUAAUCUUGCAUUCUUAUAUUUCAACCGUUUCUCUGAGCUUUUUGUUCACAAGCCUGGAGAACACUUUCUUCUUAGCCUUUUGGCCACUCUACUUUCACCAUUGAGAUGGGGAAUUAGCAAACUUGUUGAAACAUACUUAAAAUGGAAUCUACCAUUGAAGAAGUAUGGACUAUUACCAAAUCAUAGUUUUCAUCAAGAUAUGUAUAAAUGUUCAUUUGGGGUGCUCCCUGAAUUAUUCUAUGAUAAAGUGAAAGAAGGAUCACUCGUGAUAAAGAAAUCACAAAAUUUUAGCUUCUCCAAAGAAGGUUUGAUCAUUGAUGGAGAAACUAAGCCACUAGAAACAGAUGUAGUUAUUUUUGCCACAGGAUUUAAUGGUAACCAAAAACUUAGAAACAUAUUCAAAUCUCCAAUAUUCCAAAAUUAUAUUAAUGGCUCAACAAACGCAAAUGUUCCACUUUACAGGCAAAUAAUUCAUCCUCGAAUCCCACAAUUGGCAAUUAUAGGAUAUGGUCAGGCCUUAUCACAUAUCUAUUCUAAUGAAAUAAAAUGCCAAUGGCUAGCACAAUUUUUAGAUGGUAACAUUAAAUUGCCCAAUAUAAAAGAGAUGGAAAAGGAACCCAAAUUAUGGGAAGAUACUUUGAAGAAAUAUGAUAGUAAUUGGAAAUCAUGCAUUGUUACUUGUGCGAUAUGGUAUAAUGAUCAAUUGUGCAAAGACAUGAAAUGUAACCAUCUAAGGAAGAAGGGUCUUCUUAAGGAGGUAUUUGAGCCAUAUGGUCCCACUGAUUAUAGUGGUCUUGUGCACAAAUGA